AUGUCUGACCAUCAUUUAUUCAUCAUUAUUGUACCUAAUGAUUGGACUAUACCAGUACAUCAGAAUGAGAAUGAACCGAGUAAGAUUAGACAAUCGUACGAACCUAACGAUGGUGAAACACCUCAGUUUGAACGAGUUAUGUCUGCAACCACUACGCCUUCUCCCAAAGUCAACUCUGCAUCUCUGUGCCAGCUGCUGAAGAAUGCUAUCCUUGAUAGAUAUGGCUUAAGCGAAUAUUCAACAUGGAUUCUUUCUGACGACCGUAAACAAUAUGAAGUAACAUUUGUGUCGGAAAUAGGCAUACUCUGUGAGGAACUUCUUCGUCGUCUAUCAGAUAUAGGAAUUGGCCGAUUGAAUGGUACAAGAGUAGCGGUUAUACCUUUGACAUAUGCAAUUGGUUAUUCAAAUUUACUACCAUUGAGCUCAUGUAAAGUUCCAACUUUAUCUACGACAUCGUUAAAACCAACUAUAGAUCAUCCACUAAAAGCAGCUAAGGUCUGUGAUGAUGUACCAUCACCACAGCCGCCUCUACCUCGGCAGUCACAACGACGAAAAUCGAUUCGAGCUGAUUUUAUGCAGAGUAUUCGAUCACGUUUGAUGGUCUUUCAAGUUGUCCAAGUAAUUCGUGCACAAUCAGCAAUCACAUUUGAUUUCAUCGUUCUCCUCACACUUGCCAGUAUUUUAGCAUCUCUUGGUUUAUUAGAAGACAGUUCGGUUAUACUUGUUGCUUCAAUGCUUAUUUCGCCUUUAAUGGGACCUAUUUUGGCUAUUGUAUUCGGAUUUUGUAUACAUGAUCGUUCAUUACGACGAGCUGGACUUCGAGCAGAAUUUAUCGGUUUAUUUGUAUGUUUAACUUGUGGAUUUCUAAUCGGUUUGGGAACGUCCGUCUGGGAGACAAAUUGGGGCAGUACGACAUCUUUUCCAACGCCGGAAAUGAAAGCACGUGGUGACUUAACUCGAUUAUCCGUUGGCAGUAUGAUUGCUCUACCUUCAGGAGCUGGCGUAGCAUUGUCAGUCUUAGGAGGAAAUGCAGGUUCAUUAGUCGGUGUUGCUAUAUCAGCGUCACUACUUCCUCCAGCUGUGAAUUCGGGUCUUCUCUUAGGAUAUUCGCUAUUAACUGCAGCUAUACCAAAAUCCUUUGGUCGUCGUUCCAAUGAGACUUAUAUUUUAAAACGUAAAAUUUAUCCAUACAAUGAAUUAAUCUGUCAAACAUUUCUCUCGAACGAUUAUCGUUCACUCUACUCAUGCAACAUGUCAACUGAGACGUUCAUUUUAGCCAUUGCCAGUUUUCUUCUCACACUUGUCAACAUCGUUUGUAUCGUGCUUUGUGCACUGAUCGUUCUACGAAUCAAAGAAGUUGCUCCAAGUGGCGCACGGAACGCACAAGAACAAUCGGAUAAGGAUCGCUUUUUUCACAAUGAUAUGCGUCGAUUUCGCGAUUAUCAAAAAACGAUUCACAAUAGUCAAGAGAUGAACGAAGAAAGUAAAAGUGCUUCAUCAAUCUCGUUUCUUAGCAGCGACAGUGCGAAACGUGAACGACGAAAACAACUGCUGGCGCUUGCUUCCCUCCAUGAUCUAGACAUGACAAAUCAAAAUGAUUUAACGCUGAACAAUCCCGAAGCUCGAGGCAAAGUGAAACAACUCUACAAAACAAUGGUACAAUUCGAUCAAGAUGCAAAUCGACUCGAUAUUGGAAUGAAAAAUAAACCGCCCUUACCAACGUUAAUGAUGGAUGUUUUACCACCGAAGUGGACCGAACUUUUUCAACAUCAACAAGAACAAGAAAUCGUCGAACAAGAAGGUCAUGAUCAAACUGCGCAAGCUCACUUAGGUUGUCCAUGGCAUAAUCCUACGCAUUACAACACGUAUCAAGCAUGUUCACUUGCCACUAAUCAAGAUCAUCCUCAACACUUACCAAGCAGUCCACGGAAACUUCGUACUCUUUCAUAUUCAUCCAACUCGUAUACAACGGAACCCAUGAAACUUGUCGAAAAUGAAAAUGAAACCCAUGUACGCGGCACUCGUUUUCGUCUCACCAAAGCAACUAUCCGAAUCGACGAUGAAGAUGAAGAACAACAGCAACAACAUCAACAGUUAAACACUGAACACGAAUAUGUUUAA